CUAUAUCAUUGUUCUUUCUUAAACUUUGCACCAACAACAUUCACUUUACUCUCCCUGAAGCUCAAGCUCAGGCUCAGAUCUUCCUCCUUUCAGCACACUAUCAUAACAUGGCUCGGUCUGCACUGGAUGAGGUUUCGCAAUCUGGUGCAUUUGUGAGAAGCGCUUCUGAAUUCCGUAACUUCAUUUCACGAGACCCGAAUUCGCAGUUUCCAGCUGAAGCUGGGAGAUAUCAUCUGUACAUAUCAUAUGCUUGCCCGUGGGCGUCAAGGUGCCUUGCAUACUUAAAUAUCAAAGGACUUCAGAAAGCCAUCAGCUUUACGUCGGUCAAACCAAUAUGGGAAAGAACAAAAGAAAGUGAUGAGCAUAUGGGAUGGGUUUUUGCUGCUUCGGAUAAGGAGCUAGCAGGAGCUGAACCUGACCCCUUGAAUGGAGCAAAAAGUGUUCGAGAACUUUAUGAGAUUGCUAGUACAAAAUACACUGGAAAGUACACUGUUCCGGUUCUGUGGGAUAAAAAGCUUGGAACAAUUGUCAGUAAUGAGAGUUCAGAGAUAAUUCGCAUGUUCAAUACUGAAUUCAACAGUAUAGCAGAGAACCCAGCUUUGGACUUGUAUCCAACUCACUUGCAAUCCCAAAUCAAUCAGACUAAUGAAUGGAUAUACGACAAGAUAAACAACGGUGUCUAUAAAUGUGGGUUUGCCAAGAAGCAGGAGCCUUAUGAUGAGGCUGUGAAACAGUUGUAUGAAGCAUUGGACAGAUGUGAGGAGAUACUUAGCAAGCAACGAUACCUUUGUGGAAACACAUUGUCUGAAGCAGAUAUUCGCUUGUUCGUUACUCUCAUAAGAUUCGAUGAGGUUUAUGUAGUCCACUUCAAGUGCAACAAGAAACUCCUGCGAGAGUACCCGAAUCUGUUUAACUACACCAAAGACAUCUUCCAAGUUCCAGGAAUGAGCAGCACAGUCCAGAUGGAUCACAUCAAACAACACUACUACGGAAGCCACCCUUCCAUCAAUCCUUUCGGAAUAGUUCCAUCCGGCCCCAACAUCGACUACUCUUCCCCUCAUGACAGAUACAAGUUUUCUGCAUAACUUGUACGAGUGUAUAACUCUGCAUACUGCUUACCAAAACUACACAACUUGUAUCUUCCGUUUCUGCUCAUGUUGUGCAGUGUUUGUGUCUGUAAUGCUCUUUUACUUCGAGGAUGGUUUGUUAGUAUGUUAUGUUGUUAAGUUGGCGAUUACAAUCUCAUAAACAUGCGAAUGAUCUUGUCGGAUUCAUACAUAAACAAUCAUUUCUCACAUUGAUACAUGUUAAUUCGAACACAAUGACCCC